GCGUCUCAUCCGGAGGCUGUCCCGCACCGCAUAAAGCAGCAGACGCACAGGGUGCCCCCCGCAGCCGCUCCGGCCGGUCGCCGCGGCGGAGAAGCUGCUCCGAUGCUCCAGAGCGGCCAUGGGCGACCCGCACUGGUGGGACCACCUGCGGGCUGGCAGCUCGGAGGUGGAUUGGUGUGAGGACAACUACACCAUCGUGCCUGCCAUCGCUGAGUUCUACAACACGAUCAGCAACGUCUUGUUUUUCAUUUUACCACCCAUCUGCAUGUGCCUGUUCCGCCAGUAUGCGAAGUGCUUCAACAGCGGCAUCUACUUAAUAUGGACUCUCCUCGUUGUAGUGGGAAUUGGAUCUGUCUACUUCCAUGCAACUCUCAGUUUCCUGGGUCAGAUGCUUGAUGAACUUGCCAUCCUUUGGGUUCUGAUGUGUGCUUUGGCCAUGUGGUUUCCCAAGAGGUAUUUACCAAAGAUCUUUCGGAAUGACAGGGGCAGGUUCAAGGUGGCCGUGUGUGUCCUGUCUGUAGUUGCAACAUGCCUGGCAUUUGUCAAGCCUGCCGUCAACAAUAUCUCUCUAAUGACUCUAGGGAUCCCAUGCACUGCCCUGCUCAUUACGGAACUGAAGAGGUGUGACAAUGUCCGUGUGUUUAAGCUGGGCCUCUUCUCCGGCCUCUGGUGGGCCCUUGCCCUCUUCUGCUGGAUCAGUGACCGAGUCUUCUGUGAGCUGCUAUCCUCUGUGCACUUUCCGUACCUGCACUGCGUGUGGCACAUCUUCAUCUGUCUUGCCGCAUACCUGGGCUGCGUGUGCUUCGCCUACUUCGACGCUGCCUCAGAGAUACCCGAGCAAGGUCCAGUCAUCAGAUUCUGGCCCAGUGAGAAAUGGGCCUUUAUCGGUAUCCCCUACGUGUCCCUCCUGUGUGCCCGCAAGAAGUCACCAGUCAAGAUCACAUGAUGGCAAGGCAGAGGCUGGCUUCUCGACUUAUUUCUCUUCGUGCACUGGGCUUCAUUUGCUGGCAAAACUAGCCACGGGGGUUGAAGAAUCGGUGUGGGUGUAUCUGUUUAAAAUUCUGUUCCUCUGGACCACUGUGCCUGGGGAGGAGGUCCAUCUUUUCCCUAGAUGGGGGAUGCAGGGCUCAGGGAGAGUAGGUGUGUCUUAUUCAGCAUCCUUUCUAGGCACGGGGGCUUGCUGGCCUGUCCAUUUUGGCGGUGGCAGAGCAGUUCUUUGGGAGACCCAGGGCAACUUCUUGCUGGACAAGGUGGCUUGCUUGUGAGUACACAGGAGUCAGCUUCUCUGGUAUAUAAGACUUUCGGGUUUUGUGAUGGAAGGUGCCGGAGCUUUUCACUGGCAGGGGAGAAAUUGUCCUUUAACAAAACCAAGUGGACAGAACACAACAGGGGGCCUGUGACUGAGGGGGCAGGCUUGUCACUUGCGCCUCUCAGCCUUCCCAGGUUUUCCAUGAGCUGUGGAUCCUUCAACCACUACCUCGGCUGAGAGAGGGAGACUUGGUGUCAGAGGGCAAAGCAGUAACCCUCUGUGCCAAAACCUGCCCUCCGCUGUAAGCACACAUUAAAUACUGACACUGUUUCUGCUCUUCCUAAAGCUCAGUAGCCUUCCCUGGUGUGAAGACUCCACACACAGCCCCUCUGCUUACCCCUUGACCUCUGAGCACGCCAACAGCUCAUUUCUGUCACCGAGGCAGCUCUGGUUUUGACUGGAGCGUGUGUGAAGCUUUGGGGGAAAGUUCUCACUGGAAGCUUCCAGGAUGUUGUCACCUCCAAGACUCUGACCCUGUUCCUCUGCUGCUUCCCGGGAAUGUGGGCCUCCUGCUUUUGUUCUCACGUUACCUGGUGCUAAUUGGUUUCUCAGAGCACUUGUCUGUUUGUCUUUCUGUCUGUCACUACACCGUGAUUAGCUGGUUGGGGGUCACAGGUGGGCAGGGGUCUUCAGGGCAUGAGGUGGGAUAUCUCAGGGAUGUUUGUAACUCAGGCACCUUCUCUUUUCUGACAUUCCAUUGUGGGGAGUCCGACAGUGCUAGGGGAUCGGAGUCACGAGGCCACUGUUCUGAGCCAUGAGCUCAGAAGCAGCUAGUCGGGUCUGGUACCUCAGGAACUUGUACUCUGGUUAGAAUUUUCACAGGGUCUGUAAUGGAAACUGAACUUAAGUUUUUACAUGAACAGACUCCGUUUCACUUUUGUGGCUUUGAAGUUUUAUAAGUCACUUGCUAGGUUAUUUCUUGUUUAUAGGAACACAUCUUUAUGGAAGUAAGUUGUCUUUUAUUAAAUUUAUAGCAUUCCCUGCAUCUCCCAGGCAGCAAACACGCAAGUUAUUUGAUUGGGGGAUUUCCAAGGCAGAAAUAUUUGGUUUUGAGUGUGUGUUCAUGUGAUCUUACUAUAUAGCUUAAAAUAUAUUUAAAAUGAUUUUUGAGUUGAAUGUUUGUGGCUACGUAAGGAUUCAGAAUUGCUGCUGAGCACUUUGGUUUUUGAGUCUAGAAAUUUUCAGAGGGCAAAAUCAAACCAUCCUUGUUUCUGGCUUAUCUUCCCAGGCACGUGAUCUGCUCUUAUCUAUUCUACCCUGCACAAACGUCUUGAAGACACACCCAACUGCCCUACUCUGGAAGGGUUGGCUGGGGCUGGAGAGUUAGCUCAGCAGUUAAGAAUACAGUGGGCAAUGGUGGAACACACUUUUCAUCCCAGCACUUGAGAGGCAGAGGUAGGCAGAUCUCAGUGAGUUUGAGGCCAGCCUGGUCUACAAAGCGAGUUCUAGGACAGCCAGGGCUUUACACAAAGAAACUCUGUCUUGAAAAAAAAAAAGAAAAGGAAAGGAAAGAAAGAAGGAUUACAUAUUGCUUUCCCAGAGGACUCAGAAUUAAUUCCCAGCAUACACAUGAAGCUCACACCCUGUGACUCCGGUCCCCUGGGAUCCAUGCAUACAGGCAGGCAAACGUUUAUGCACAUAAAGGAAUAAAAUGAAUAAACGAGAAAGUUGGCUGUAGGAGAGGGUUUCUAGACACAAGGUUUAAUUUGUCCUGAGGGCGCUGCCGUGGCAGUGGUGUGGUCCUCAAAGUCAGGGAAGACUCGUUCCUUUUCACCAGGGAGAGAACUUACUGCUGACACCACUAGAAAUGGGGAUCUAGUACUGAUAGAAAUGCUUGAACAUGAUUGGGUGAAAGGAAACGAGCACCUGACUCAGGGGACAACUUCUCCAGGUCUGGCUUGGGAUGGAGUGUGUUUGGGGCAGACACCUUUUUUUCUUUCUCGUCUGUCUGUGACAGAGCUUUCUCCUCUGUCUCAGGCUGGCUUCAAUUUCAUUAUGUAGCCCAGGCUGGCCUCAAAUUGAUGAUGAGCCCCCAGAUGUAGCCUCUCAAGCGCUAGGCGUGAUUAUAGGAGUGAACAACCAUACCCAUCAUAAACGGAGAUCUAUAGCUCGCUAGCAAGGGACUAGAUAUAUAUGAAUCCGAAUUUGAGCUGGGCUUUGGGCAUCGUUCAUAUUCACGUUAAAGCUCCAUGUGUUGAGAAAAAAUUGGGAUGCUAUUGAAAAGCAGCAGAAAAAAAAAAUUACCCACGCCACUAUUGCCUUAGAGCAUCCCUUGCCAAUAGUUUGCCUUCUGGGUGUGUUUCCUUCCUGUCCUUUCUGUCCUACUACAGCUAUAAUUAGAUGUCAUUUAGACAAUGUAUCCUUGAAUGGAGUACAAAUGCCAGCAUUUUCACGGAGAGUUGGCGUGGAGUACACUCGAGCUGGCUUCCUCUGGAAGGCUGAUUGCUGGACUCUGAGCUCACUACUGGAACUGCCUUUUCCAUGAAGCCUGACUGGAGUGGCCCCGGAGACACGGACUGAUUUCAGCUUCCGAUGCAACACUUCACGUUUGGAUCUCCGUGUCAUGGUCAACAGCUGUUAAAGAUGCGACUUCAUGGACUGUCGUGUGUUAAGAGUGGUAAAGACAGGCUGAGGCCACUGAGUCCAGAAUCUUCUCCCUCCUGGCAGAGUUGGCACUGAUGGGUGGGGUCAUGACCACUGUCACCAGCAUGGGUAUCAGAGUAUUCUGUCCCAAAUCUGCCUGUGAUCUCAGGACAUAGAAAGCCAAAUGUCACCAAGCGAUCAUCUCUGUCCAUGAUUUUACAGUUUUGAUCCAUGGUUGAUUCUUAGGAGGAGAGCUCCUCUGUUUAGUGCUCCGUGAUGCCAAAGCCAGCUCUUCAGUGGAGCUCUUAAUGUCUGUAUCCAUUUGUAAUGUGAUCCAUGUGGGGGAAGUGGGGGUCUCUCUGGUGAAAAGUGCCUAAAACAGUCAUUGCAGGUCAGCAGUGUUGUGUUGAGGGACAAAGCUGGAUGGUUGGGUUUCUCGGGUGACUAAAACCUCCCCCAGAAGUCAUUUCCUUCCGACCGCACCCCGAGCCAGCACUGGGAUUUGAACCUUCCCUGUUUUUUCCCUCAGGUCUGAUGACUAUCUCUGGGGUCCAGGCAAGGGCUGGGGCUUGGCCUGCCAAGCCCUCUCUCCCAGUUCCUUUCUCUAGCUGAGCUUGGAUUCCUCCUAACCAGGGCUGGACCUAGGUGCUGUUGGUCCCAAUGGCCAAGGACACAUCUCCGGCCAGAGUGGGAUUCUCAUUAGAUUUUAUAGACAUUAUUUUCCCACGGUCUCUUAAAUCACUCCAAAGGGCUUGUAUCUUUUCCUACAAUCAAGUCAGAUCAAAAAGUAUUUUUUUUUUUUUGUGGUUUUUCGAGACAGGGUUUCUCUGUGGUUUUGGAGCCUGUCCCGGAACUAGCUCUUGUAGACCAGGCUGGUCUCGAACUCACAGAGAUCCGCCUGCCUCUGCCUCCCGAGUGCUGGGAUUAAAGGCGUGCGCCACCACCGCCCGGCCUCAAAAACUAUUUUAUAACCACAAUAUGUAAUCCAAGUAAGUAGAGUAUUUUCAGAUAUAUACUGUGUUUUAUACUUUUAUGGAGGAUGUGCUGUAUAUGGGUGGUAUGUACUCUGGCUGAGGUGACAUUAAUCAUUGCUCUGGGGGAAUUUAUAGACCUUUUGCACUUUAUGCUUGUGUGUGAGAGAGAACUCUGAUGACCACUGUUAAUAUUAAAGCCAUUAACUGGCAUUUCCUGUGAAUAAAAAUGUAUAUGUA